AUGUAAACAUAAUUUCUCCAGUCUUGAAAAUAUAUCAAGUAUGGAGUCGGGAGUAUGCCGAUUGCCGAGUAUUGAGUAUGGAGAUGGAGUGACGACUGACGAACACUGACGAUUGAGAAGUCUAAACUUAUCGUCUACCUCUACCAGUUACUGGACUUUGGAGUGUCAGUCGUUCAACCAACUACUGCUGCAAAGUAAUAUAGCGAUAAUUACUGUGUUUGGUGUUUUUGACCACAGAGCCGUUUUAAUGUUCUCGUGUGUGUUUGUCUAAAUUACUUAAGGUUAUUUUGUAUUGAAUUAAUUUGAAAUAAAUUGAAACAACUUUUUGGAUAGACUGAUGGUCCAACUUCGAUCGUGCUAUUGGAGUUAGAGUAUUAUAAUAUACUGUUAAGUAUUAACCAAUAUGGAGGAAGAGAAGAUUGCUGCUGAUGCUUCUGAUAAGCGUAAAGUUGAGGAUGACAAUAUAAACCCUAAGCCUAAUCCUAAACGAAUCAAACUUGUUCGACCUGUAUUUUCACCCGUUGCCAAGCCUUCAAUCUCCACAACCUCAGAAGUCAAUAAAUCUGAUGUUCCACCUACAGAUAUACCUAAAUCCAAUAUACAACCAACAGAAACACCUAAAUCUACUGCACAAGCAACAGAAGUACCUAAAACCACUGUACAACAAUCAGAAAUACAUACAAUUAAUCUAAAACCAACUGAACUACCUAAGUUUAACAAUAAUUCUGGCUCGAAAGUUUCAACUACGGCUGAUGUUUCACUAUCUACUGAAAAACUAGUCGAUCGACUAGAAAUAGUAAAAUCAAAUAUCAGUUCAUCAGAGACUAUUAAAAAACCUGUAGUGACAACUCUUCAAGUUUCUGAUGAACAAGUUGAUAGCAGUUCUGAUGCUUUAGAUAUAAAAAAUAUAUUUAGUGAAGAAACAAAAAAAGAAUUGGAACAUUUAAAAAAAAAUAUUUUCAAGAUUGAUGAUGAUGGGUCAUCCUCAGAAAACGAUAGUCAACCAAAGCGCCCUCGAUUGAAACGACCAACUUUUGUUACAUCAACUGUUGAAGUUAAAAUUGAACCUACUGAUUCAAAGAUAAAUGAUAAAAUAAAUGAAACAUCUAGGUUGGAGCCACUAAAAUCUGUUUGUGAAGAAAAUAUUAACAUAACUGUGAAAAAAUCCAGCGAAAAUCUAUCAAGUGUUGAAGAAAAUAUUGAUCAAAUAACAGAAAAUAUUACUGAGGAUGUAAGGUUAAAACAGGUAGAACAAGUCAAUAUAACUGAAAAUAUUAUAAAAGUUGAAGAAGAAAAAUCUACUGCAUUCAAAUCUGUUGUUAAACUAGUUGAAAACAAAACCGGUGUACCAAAAAGUGUUGAAAAAAGUACUGAAGUGGAUAAUUUGCGUGAUGUUGAUAAAAUAAAAUCUAUACAAACUGCUACUAAUAUACAAAAAAAUACUGAUGUAAAAGAAACUAUAUUAGCUGAGAAAAAAACUAUUGACAAAAAAAAGGUUAAUUUAACAGCGGAAGAACAAAAAUGUAUAAAAAAAGAAAAACCGUCUGAAGAAAAUGCCCUUAGCAAAGGUUCUUAUGAAAAAGAUAUAGAUUAUAAUGCUAUAAAAGAAAGUGCUAAUGACCACUAUAGAGUGAUUUUAGAAAGAUUAGUUGUUGACAAACAAUCUAACUUUAUAAUACAAGAUAAAAACCCCAGUCCAAUAGUUGUGAAACUUGAAGAUGACAAAUCCAUAGUUGAAUCCAGUUAUGAAUGUACUGAUAAAUAUAAUAUAAUAAAAAAUAAAAUUGAUAUUCAUGAUGAAAUAAAAAAUGAAUUAUUUGAUUCGCAAUUACAUAAUACUCAGAAAGAUAAUGAUGUUACUUAUUUAGAAAGUAAAAAUCUAAAUUCUAAAAAAAAUACAUAUGUUGAAAAUGAAAAUAAGCUUCCUAAUACAUUAUCAAAGGAAGUACCAGCUAAUGAUAUAAGACAGAAAAAUGAAGAAACAGACUCUCAAAUGUUUAAGUCUGAUAUUUUAAAAGCAGCUCUUAUGUCAAAAAAAUCCCCUGAAUCGCUCGGGAAUUCAUCUGAAGUAUGUGAUCAAUCUUCUGUUAUUGAAUAUUCAACUAUGGUAGAAUCUAAACAAAAUGAAAAUUUACCAACAAUUGGUGAAGACUCUAUUGUUAAUAAAAUAGAAGCAGAAAUAAAACUUGCUAUUAAAGAUCAACCAGCUAAAAUUAAAAAACCACAAAAUAAGAUUGUUAGUAAUAUACCAGAAAUGUCUAAAGAAGCAUGUAGCUCUAUUUGUCUUAAUGAAAAUGCAACAGUUGGUAAACAUGACGAGCCUCCAAAAUGGGGUUCAGCUAAAAUGAAUGAAGUAGAAAAAUUUUUAAAUGAUUCCAAUGUUACCAUUACUCCUAUUUGCAAGUCUCAAGAAUCACCCAAACUUGGUAAAAUAACUUUAAAGUUACCUAAAGUUGGAAAUCCUGAAAUUAAAUCUGAAACUACAGUUCGUCCAGAUGUUAAAUCUGAAUUAAUAAAAAAAAUUACAAAUAAACAUAUUGCUAUGGGAGAUAGCCCUUUAAAAAAUGCUCUUUCUCAACCUUCUAAAUCUUUUACCGAAUUUGCUACUAUUCGCCCUGCACCUAAACUGAGUGCGGAACAAAUUGCUCUUUUAGAGCAACAGAUUUUAAAUACCCCCAAAAAAAGAGGUAGACCAUCAAAAGCUUUAGCUCAACAAAAGCAAUUAUUGUUAGAAUAUCAACAACAACAACAGUCAAAAGUUCAAGAAGGCAGUACUGAAGAUGAACCUGUUUUUCAUGUUCCAUUAUUUGAUAUGGAAGAUAUGAGUGGAGGGGCAGGAAUGUUUGAUUCAUUUGAAGCAUCAACACCAAAGCGAGGAAAGAGUAUCAGAGGGAAAGGUAGUCGAGGGCGAAGAGGACGAGGAGGUCGUGGUGGUCGUGGCCGCGAUGGAUCAGAUAGUGAUACAGCAUCAAAUAGUCGACGUGUAGAUGAUGAAGGAGAAACUUUUCAUGAAGAAAUGAAUCAAGAAGAAGAAACCAAACAAGUAGCAAUGAUAGAAGCUGAGCGACUCCGAAAAGAAGAAGAACGGGAAAGAAAAUUAGAGGCAAGGAAAAAAAAAAUAAAACUCCGCAAUGAUAUUUUAAAAGAAAAAAAAAUGAAAAAGAAACAAAGAGCAGAAGAAAGAAGAUUGCAAUGGCAUGAGAAGAAAAGGCUUAUGCAAGAAGAAAAAGCUCGUGCAGCUGAGAUGAAGAAAUCUCUUCCACCACCUCAAAAUUUUGAUGAUGAAACUCGUAUGAGUGCUGAUUGUAAUAAUAGUCUUUCCCAAACAACUGCUAGGAAUUUCAUUUUAGGUGAAGAAGAUUUGUCUAUUAGUGGUACUACAAAUGAUAGUAUUAGAAUGAAGAAAGGGAGAAUGGAAGUCAUUGAUCUCGAAAGUAAUAAAACAUUAACUGUUGAUCAAAUUGCUGAGUACCAAUGGCCAUUGGAUGGUGGAGAGUUGUAUAUGAUUCAAGAGCAGAUAUCAAAUUUCUUGGGUGUUAAAUCAUUCAAAAGAAAAUACCCGGGAUUAAAACGUCGUAAUGUCGAAGCUGAAGAACGAACAUUCUUGUGUGACAGUGGAUUGGUCGCUGAAUCAUUAUGUGAUCUUGGUUUAACAGUUCUGUAUAGUUCUGAAGUAUUAGAUAUCAUGUAUACAGAUUUUCCAGAAAAAUAUGAAGAACUGAGGGAAUAUAUGAGACUUAAACAUGCCAAAGAAUUAUCUAAUCGACAAAGAGCAUUGAUGACAAUUAGUUCAAAUAAUGAUGGGUCAAAGUUAGAUUUACGUGACAGAGCUAUGGAAGCUGUUGCCAAUUGGAAUGCCAAUUUAAACAAGUCUCGUCUAGAGUCUCGUAAGUGUUCAAUGGAUAUGCAAACAUUCAUUGUGCAUUAUCCAAAAAACAAAUGUAAGAAAAUGGCCGUACCUAAACCUAAAAUUGGCAGUUAUCCAUUGGCUUUACUACCAGGACAAUUCUGUGAUUACUACGCAACAUACUCUAGUGAAGAUUUACGUUACUUGCCAAUGAACACUGUUAUGUAUGGUCCUUUGAAAUCUGUAGAUAAAGACUUUCCUGUUUCUUUAAGCAGCCAAUCUGAAUCGGAAGAUAGUUCUUCUGACGACUCUAGUGAUAGUGAUGAUUCAAUCGACAAUGACAACAAAUCAGACAAAAAUUGUUUGGAGUAUGGUCCGAGUGAUAAAAAAGGAGCUGAAUGCAAAUUAUGUCUUGGCACUGCAGAUAAGAACAAAAUUGGAUCGGUUGAACCAUUAAUUCAUUGUUCAAAAUGUUUGACGAUUUAUCAUCCUACAUGUUUGGAUAUGACAUUGGAGAUGGUUCCCUACAUAAAGCGUUACAAUUGGCAGUGUAAUGAGUGUAAAUCUUGUGCUCAGUGUAAGGAAGUGGCUGAUGAAGAUAAAAUGUUGUUCUGCGAUCUUUGUGAUAGAGGAUAUCACAUUUAUUGUGUAGGACUUCGUAGAGUACCUGAAGGUCGUUGGCACUGUCAAGAAUGUGCUAUGUGCAGUUCGUGUGGUGUUUCUGAUCCAGGACCAGGUGAUUCUAAAUGGUUUUACGAGUUCAAGAAAACUGAAAAAACUGGUUCCAAAGUCUAUUGUCGUACAUUGUGUGCACCGUGUUCCAGGUCAUGGAAAAAAGGCCAUUUCUGCCCUAAUUGCAUGCGUUGCUACCCUAUCAAAAACGUCGAGCGCAUGACACAGUGUAACAGUUGUGAUAGAUACUUACACUCAGAAUGCAUCAGUGAAAGUACAUCAGUUAAUCAAGUUGUUACGUGUACUAUAUGCGAAGAAAAAGCAGUUUCUAGAUUGUUAACUACAGUGCCUAGGUCUUUGAUUAAAGUCUGAAUUAAAUUGCUAGAUAUAGCAUAUUUUCAACACAAUAAAAUCAUUUUUUUUAGCUUUGGACUUUUGAAUGAGUUAAUUAAAAUACAUUUUUUUGCUAUUUAACAUAUGAUUAAAAUCGUAUUGAUUUUAUUUUAAUAUUUUCAUUAAAAUUUGUAUAAAUAGUAUUUUAACAAUUAUAAAUAUAAGAAAAAAACAAUAGCUAAGUUAUUGAUGUAACCCCUUAAUUAAAUUUGGCAGUAAAAUAUUUAUUAUUGAAACUACGCCUAAACAAAUUAAUUAAAUAAGUUUAAUUAAUUUAUGAAUCUUGUUAACAUUGAUUAAUUAGUUAUGAUUAAAGCUAACUGUGUUUGUCAAUUGUUGCCAUAAAUAAAUUUAUAAUAUUAAUUUGGAUGUAUAUAUUAUUGGUAAAUAAAGUACUACAAUUUGUAUUUGAUAAGAAUUAUAUGUAUUUAAGUAUUAUUUAAUUGACACAUUGCACAUAAUAUGUACAGUUCGUACACACAAGAGAAUAAUAGUAAACUAAAUCUUGUCUAAAUUGUUUAGCAGUUGUAUACCUAAGGUAAUAGAUUACAUCAAUUAUUAGUGAAUUAGUAACCAAUUGGAAAUAAUCAAGUUGUGCAUGUGUUCUAUUUAGAAAUUUACAUGAUAACUCUUAUAUGUACUUUUUUUAAAAUUUAUUUUGAUUGCUUAUAGUUUUAGGUAACUACUAACUACUAAUUGAUACAACUUAAUUUAAUAGUUUUUUUUUUUAAAUUUUAUAAAUUAUAUUUGUUGUAUUAUUGUAUAUAAUGUUAAGUCAUUUAUCUUAUUUUACAACUAAAAUUUAAUAGUUGAUAUCAAUUUAUUUAUUAUAUAUUUUUUUUUUAAAUAAAAAUUAUCAAAUCUGACUUA